AUGUCUCCCUUAACUAGAACCGUAGCUAUAAAGAAAACGGUUAAGGUUCUAUCUAAAUGUCAAUCUGGUAGAGAAUACACACAGAAGUUUCUCCAACGUGCAUAUUCAACAUCACAUGCCAACAGCACAUACUAUUCAAGGACAAAGCUAUUCAUAUCAUCACAUUCUAAAGCUCUAAACAUUGCUCUACUAAGCGGGUCCCUACUGUUGACCUACUCCUACUAUUCCCCUAAAAAGAUCCUCUCCCUUGAUACAAUUAACGGAAUAAAAGAUUAUUCUACAAAUACUAGUGGUAACAUUAACAUGCCGUCACCUAAUCCAAAAGGAACAGAGACACAAAAGAGUCAACGGUCUCAGAAUGACCAAUCUGUUCUUAUCUUGAACGAUUCUAAAAUAGAGGCUAAACUACAUGAUAGAGAGGAAAGCCAUUUUGUUAACCGUGGCACUGGUAUAUUCAGGUAUGAUGUGGCACAGUUGCCCUCUAACCAUCCAAUAGAAGACGAUCACGUAGAACAAAUCAUUACCAUUCCGAUAGAAAGUGAGGAUGGCAAGUCCAUAGAGAAGGAUUUGUAUUUUUUUGGAAUUUUUGAUGGACAUGGUGGUCCUUUCACUUCGGAAAAAUUAUCUAAAGAUCUAGUCCGUUAUGUAGCGUAUCAAUUAGGUCAGGUAUAUGACCAGAACAAAACGGUUUUCCAUUCCGACCCCAACCAAUUAAUCGAUUCUGCAAUUUCGAAAGGUUUUUUGAAACUAGAUAAUGAUCUUGUAAUCGAAUCGUUCAGGAAGCUGUUUCAAGAUCCAAACAACACAAAUAUUGCAAACACUUUACCAGCGAUUUCUGGUUCUUGUGCACUAUUAAGUUUAUACAACUCCACUAACUCAAUUUUGAAAGUGGCUGUCACUGGAGACUCAAGGGCUUUAAUUUGUGGUUUGGACAACGAGGGCAAUUGGACGGUAAAGUCGCUAUCCACCGACCAGACCGGUGAUAAUUUGGAUGAAGUACGGAGAAUUAGGAAAGAACAUCCAGGAGAACCAAACGUUAUAAGAAACGGAAGAAUAUUGGGUUCAUUACAACCAUCCAGGGCAUUUGGAGACUAUCGCUACAAGAUCAAAGAAGUCGAUGGAAAACCAUUAUCGGAUUUGCCUGAAGUUGCCAAACUUUAUUUUAGAAGAGAGCCAAGGGAUUUCAAGACACCCCCAUAUGUCACUGCGGAACCAGUGAUUACUUCUGCCAAAAUUGGUGAGAACACUAAAUUUAUGGUGAUGGGUUCGGAUGGUUUAUUCGAAUUACUAACUAAUGAAGAAAUUGCUUCCUUGGUUAUCAGGUGGAUGGAUAAAAAUAUGAAUCUGGCACCUGUGAAGGCAGAACCGGGGAAAUUACCAAAAGUUAUCGAUGUAUCUGAAGACAAGGAAGCACAAAGACCGGCAUUCAGGUACAAGGAUAAUAAUUCGAGCUCACCAUCAGGAUCAAACCCAGAGUAUCUUAUUGAAGACAAAAACGUCGCCACUCAUUUAAUUAGAAAUGCAUUAAGUGCGGGCGGAAGAAAAGAAUAUGUAUCGGCAUUGGUAAGUAUACCAUCGCCGAUGAGUAGAAGAUACAGAGAUGACUUGACAGUAACAGUGGCGUUCUUUGGUGAUUCUGGAACACCCUCAAUUGUCUCCAAUGCUACUUCAAUAGUUAUGAACCCGGAGGCAACAACAAAGCCAAAACCUAGAUUAUGA